GACUUCAAUUUUUUUUUUGGUAGAAACUUUGACUUCAAUUAUUUCGGCAGUAUUAGUAAUAAGUGGUCAACGGAUACAUAUAGUAGAAAACAAUUAAAGCAUUAAUUAGUAUUCAUUUAAGGGAUAGAAAAAUGAUUAAUAAUAGUAUAGUAUAUGAUUUUUUUUUACUAAAUUAAUACUAGUACUCUAUAUGAUAAAAAUAAACUUAAAAGUUGGCACAUUAAUAGAAUUAUAUGCAUGCACUCUCAUCUUAGAUUAAUACUUUAAAGUCUCUGAAAUUUAUGAACUUAUCUGUUCCUUGUUAAUACUAAGAUGAACACUUCCUCUCAGUUUCUGUUCUUUUCAUUAACUGUCAUUUGGUUCAUAUCUCUAACAGCUUUUGGAGCUAAAACUAUUCAUCCAGAUGAAAAGGAAGCUCUUAAAGCUAUAGCUAAAGCACUUGGUAAGAAGGAUUGGAAUUUUGACAUAGAUCCAUGUAGCAACAAACCUAACUGGGUUACGCCGCCCAUACCGAAAGUCUUAGAUAACAAUGUCACUUGUGACUGCUCUAUUGCUGGUGACAACUACUGCCAUGUUAUUUGGAUAAGUUUGAAAGGGCAAAGUCUCCAAGGCACUCUCCCACCGGAACUGAGCAGGUUGCGUUACCUUCAAAUGAUUGACCUCGCUCGCAAUUACUUGUGCGGUCCAAUUCCUAAAGAAUGGGGCUCUCUGACGAAUAUUUAUAAAUUUGCUCUCCUCGGGAAUCGUUUAACGGGUCCAAUACCAGUGGAGAUUGCAAACUUAACUAAUCUCCAAAUCUUCGAGUUAUUUAACAAUCAAUUGUCUGGAACCCUUCCUCCGGAGCUUGGGUAUCUACCGAAAAUUCAAGACCUGCGACUUUCCUCUAACAAGUUUUCUGGAGAAAUACCUGCGACAUUUGCUAAGCUCACUACAUUGCUUGAUUUCCGAAUUGAGGACAACCACUUCUCCGGAAAGAUACCUGAUUUUAUCCAGAACUGGAAAAAUAUCGAUACACUAAUCAUUCAAGGGAGUGGAUUAAGUGGCCCGAUUCCGUCUGGAAUAUCACUUUUGAGAAACUUAACCGACUUGAGAAUUAGUGAUCUGAAAGGAACUGAAUCUUCACCUUUUCCACAACUUAAUAAUCUGACAUUGUUAAACAGACUGAUUCUGAGGAAUUGCAACAUCAAUGGAAAACUACCUGAAUAUAUUGGGAAUUUGAAAGCAUUAAAACACUUAGACCUCAGCUUUAAUAAAUUAAGUGGACCAAUUCCAAGGAGCUAUGCUGACAUCAACAGUUUGAAAUACAUAUUUUUAACCGGAAACCUUCUGACUGGACCAGUGCCUGAUUGGAGAACGAAUGUCAGCGUAGAUCUUUCAUACAAUAACUUCAGCAUCAGCCAAAGGAGUCAAAUAUGUAAUGCUGCAAAUGUGAACUUAUUCUCUCCCUCAUGGGCACGCAAUAACACAGGAACAACUUCUUGUUUGCGCUUACAAUGUCCCAAACCAUCAACCUCUCUUUAUAUAAAUUGUGGCGGAAAGCAAGCAACAAUCAACGGAACAAGAUAUGAUGAUGAUUCAGAUUCACCUGCACCAGCUAAACUCUAUGUCAGUCCAACAGGAAAUUGGGCAUCUAGCACCACUGGUAUAUUCAUUGAAAGUGUUAACCUUGGAGAAACUUAUUCCCCGCAAAAUAUCACUAAACUUACUAUGGUGGAUGCUGAAUUGUACACGAACGCACGUGUUUCUCCUAUUUCUUUGACUUAUUACGGGUUUUGCCUCGCAAAUGGAGCCUACUGGGUAAAUCUACAUUUUGCUGAAAUAAUGUUCCCAAACGAUAAAACUUAUCAUAGUCUUGGAAGGCGUGUAUUCGAUAUCUACAUUCAGGGAAAUUUGGUGCAAAAGGACUUUAAUAUUGCAGAAGAAGCAGGAGGAGUUGGUAAGAAAGUCAUAAAACUGUUCAAAGAUGUUGAUGUUACUAGUAAUACCUUGGAGAUCUGCUUGUAUUGGGCUGGAAAAGGGACACAAUCCCUCCCGGAUAAAUCAGUAUACGGUCCUCUUAUAUCAGCUAUAUCAGUCAAAAAAUUUGCUUAGUUAUGCUUUGAAGUUUGAACGUUCCUAAUCUUAUACAAAAAUAUUAUUCAUGUUAUGGUGAUCUAAUAUUUAAAACUCUUGUAUAAUAACGAAAUCGAUUUCCUGCGGAACCAUCCGAUCUAAAACCAAUGGCUGAAAUUAAUAA